AUGUAAAUUUAUCCACAACCUUAGGAUGAAACAGAUCGAUAAUUUAUUGAAAUCCCAUUCAAUAUUAAAGAUUAAAAUCAAUAAAAUAAAUACCAAUCAGAAAGCAUUGAGACAACAUAAAAAGAUUAAUUAUCAUCUUAAAUUAAAUCUAAAGGUUUUUCAUCUUCAGAUCAAAAAUCUUAUUCUUAGAAAAAAGUUCGUGUUGAUUCAAAAGGUUAACCAAUACUUAAAAAAUCAAAAGCUCACUAAAUUACAUUUAGCAAUUAAUUAUAUCAAAUACAUUAUGUAGAAUGUUGGAAAGAUUAUAAUUUAAAUGACUAUUAAGAAGAAGAAAAAGAAAGCUGUUGCCCUUUUUGCACAAUCUUUUGA